GAGACGCUUUACGCGCACAUCACCAACGACCACGUCGGCCGCAAGUCCACCGGCAACCUGUGCCUCGAGUGCAAGUGGGAGGGCUGCCAUGUCAAGCGCACCAAGCGCGACCACAUCACGUCGCACAUCCGCGUGCACGUGCCGCUCAAGCCCUUCAAGUGCCCGCUGUGCCCAAAGUCCUUCAAGCGUCCGCAGGACCUGAAGAAGCACGAAAAGACACAC